AUGUUUAAGUUCAAAGCAUCAUUUAGCAUAACUGAUAGUGCUUUUGAUAGCAUGAUGCAAAUGAUCCGUGAUAUGUUGCCUGAUGAUAAUACACUUCCUGAAUCAUUUUAUUUGACAAAGAAAAUAUUCAAGACAUUAGAACUUCGCUAUGAGAAGAUACAUGCAUGCGCGAAUGAUUGUUGUCUAUUUAGAAAUGAUCUUGAGCACGCAACCAAAUGUCCUAAAUGUGGUGCGUCGAGAUGGAAAGUUAGCAAGAAUGAAACUGGAAUUAAAAAUGGAGUUCCCACAAAAGUGCUGCGUUAUUUUCCAGUUAUACCAAGAUUGAGAAGAAUGUUUGCUAUAGGUGAGAUAGCAGAACAAGUAAGAUGGCACUCAACUAAUAAGAGUAUAGAUGGAAAAUUAAGACAUCCUGUUGAUUCAUUGGCAUGGGAUUCGAUAAAUAGGAGGUGGCCAUCAUUCGCUUCGGACCCUCAUAACAUGAGAUUUGGGCUUUCAACCGACGGCUUUAAUCCUUUCCAAGAUCGCUCUUCGUACAGUUGUUGGCCUGUGAUUUUAGCUUCAUAUAACUUGCCACCGUGGUUAUGCAUGUCCAAGGAAAGUUUAAUGUUAACUUUGUUGAUUCCAGGUCCUAGACAACCGAGCAAUGAUAUUGAUAUUUACUUGGCUCCGCUUAUAGAUGAUAUGAAACUAUUGUGGAAAGAUGGGAUAGAGAUUGGUUAUCACAUAGUCGCAAGUUUGCCUAUAUGGGACAUAGACGAUUUCUUGCUCCAAAUCACCGACUGCGCUUCAAAAAAGUGUCUGUUGGUGCGCCAUAACGUAGAUGUCAUUCACGUUGAAAAAAAUGUUUGCGAGAGCAUUUUUGGUACACUUUUGAACCAGAAGGGAAAAACAAAAGAUGGACUCAAGUCUCGCAAAGACUUGGAAGAAAUGCAAAUUAGACGUGACUUGCAUCCUCAGAAGAGAGGAAAUAGAUUAUACCUACCCACAACACCUCACACAUUAUCCAAGACAGAGAAACAAUUUUUUUGCCGACGACUUUACAAUCUGAAGUUACCCGAUGGUUAUGGUUCAAAUAUUGCAAAUUGUGUCUCUUUGGCAGAUUGCAAAUUGAUUGGUCUUAAGUCUCAUGACUGUCAUGUUCUUAUGCAACAAUUGUCAGUGGUGGCAUUAAAGGACCUUUUAUCUAAGGCACCAAGAACUGCAGUUUUUAGGUUGUGUGUCUUCUUUAAUGAAUUAUGUCAGAAAGUCGUGGAUAGAAACAAAUUGGAAAAACUUGAAGAAGAAAUCGUUGAGACUUUAUGCAUGUUAGAGAGGUUCUUUCCUCCUUCAUUCUUUGACAUUAUGAUUCAUUUAACCAUUGACUUGGGAAGAGAAGCUAGAUUAUGUGGUCCCGUACAAUAUCGAUGGAUGUACCCAUUUGAAAGGUAUAUGAAAGUGAUAAAAGGGUAUGUUAAAAGUCGUGCACGGCCCGAGGGGUGUAUAGCUGAGCGAUACAUUGUUGAAGAGUGUGCGUUGUUAUGCAGCAAAUAUAUAAAAAAAGCUGAUGAUAUUGGCUCUAGAAAUGCUCGCAAUGAAGAAUUCGAGAGUAGUUUGUUGUUAGAAGGACGUCCUAUUUCAAAAGGGCAUCCAAUUGAUCUUUCAUUUGAACUUCUACAAGUUGCUCAUAGAUAUGUGUUAUUCAACGUAGAAGAUGUCUAA